CAUUGAUGUGCGAAAGUAUCUCCCCAAAAUUAAACUGUCGGUACUCGAAGCACAGAACAACAGUUAAGCGCUAGGCAUGAGUGAGUUUGCCAUUUUUAUGUUAAAUUCGACGAAAUCUUGAAGUCUUUACUUUGCAAAAUGCUUAAAUAAUAUAAAGUAAUUUUAUCCUUAUAUGAAUUGAUUACUUUUUUUAUGGCCAGUCUGAUGAUAUAUAUAAUCAAUGUUUUUAAAUCGUUGAAUAUAAGACAUCAAAAUGCAAAAGUGGUUCUAAAAUGUGCAGGAUCUUUUUACAUACAGUAGAGUUCUUGUAAAAUCCUGUAAUUUUUACAUUCUUUCACAAAAAUAUAUACUUUCGUAGAUAUUAAUGUCGUGUCGUUAUAAUGGACAGAACAUUUAUUUAUUAGAUAGCUCACGUAGCAUUUAAAUGUAUUUAACUGUAUUUACAAGGAGAACUCGCCAAAUAAGAAACACAAAUCAGAAUUAAACUUUAAUACUACAUUCUGUGGAGUAACAAUUUUUUCGUCAUUAAGAAAUUAAGAUAACGGAUUGAGCAGCGAUUCUUGGUUCAGCUAAUGGUUCGACAUUACAUAAAUUGUAGAUUGUUGUUGAGAUAUUGACCCGGUUCGAAUUACCGAAAACCAAUUAAUUAGAUAAAAGCUAAUAUGAGGUCAAAAAAUAUAAUUCCGUGAAAGAUGGAAGGAUUAUUAUUGUUCAAUUUUGGAUACUCGAUUAAUCGAAAAAUUUGUUGUCAUGCAUUAGAUAGAUAAGAGUAAUUAAAUUUCCAUUCCAACCAAAAAUUUGAACGCACACAAUAUCCAUAUAUUAGAACGAAAGAGCAAACAGAUGGAUUUGAAACCCCGAUAAAAAAAUCCUUACGGAAAAAAACACUUUAAAAAACACCGAAAAUAAUUCUCGACUUAAGUGUUAUUUCGGACACUUAACUUUAAUGUAACCCUCAACUCGAGAAUUAAUUUCAUUAUUAUCAUUUUCAAUUUGAGUUAAUAUGAAUUACUCUUAACCCUUUAAAGCCGGGAUGGAUACUUAUUUUUUAUUCUUAUCCUCAACGCAGUAUCUCAAGAUCAAAAACUAAUUUUAAAAAUACAAUAUGGCGAUUUGCCUGGUUCCAUCGCGUAACUUUAAUUCAUAGAAAUUCGAAGUUUCUUUAAAACUAAUGUGUAAAAACAGACUAUCUAUUUUGUACCAAGUGUAAAGAAUAUUAUUGCAAAGAAUGCUUUUCCCAUAUUCAUUUGAACUGAAUAGUUUUUGAGUAUUUUGAUUUAAAAAUUUCGAUAUUUGUAAAAAAUAAAAACUAAAAAAAUUUUUUAAACAACAAAUAUUACAAUAAAAAAAUAAACGAAAAAGAGGCUCUCUUAAGUGAGAGCCGGACAACGACAAAUUUUGCUACUUAUCUUUUGUCUACUAAGAAAUGUGAUUUUUCAACACUCGAUCAGAUCUACAAUGCUCAACUGUAGAAUUGGUUGAAUUCAAUGUUUAUUUAAUUUAUUCUUCUGGAAUUAGAACGCCCAUUUUAUAAUUGUAUUUGAUAUGCUUGUAAAGCGAGUGUGCGUGCGCGUGUGUGUAAAUAUUACACAAUCACCAGUAGUCUGUUUUUACACAUUAGUUUUGGAGAAACUUCGAAUUUCUAUGAAUAAAGUUACGUGAUGGAACCAGGUGAGUCGCCAUAUUGGAUUUUUAUUUUUUUAUUAGUCACACAUGGUCUAAAAAUGCAUAAUCUGACGCUUAGAUAUGCAAAAAAUCAGUUUAGUAAAUAUUUGAAAACAUUCUUACUGUUUUAUAAUGCUAUGAAGAAAAUUUUCACCUUUUAGCAGCCAUUUUAGAGCCGCCAUCUUAAAAUUUCGAUAAACUAAAAUUACUAUCUUAAAGUUCAGACAUUUUUGACGCGAUAUUUUUACUUCUUAGAGCUUCUCUGAAGGGCUAUCCAUCAUAUUGCUCAUAUCUUUUUUGGAUUAAAUUUUUGAUUAAUUUACGCUACGGCAUUUGAAAGAGCGACUCAAAGACAUAAGAAAUGACCCUAGCAAAAUUUUUAAAAUUAGUUUUUGAUCUUGAGAUACUACGUUGAAGAUAAUGGAAAAAAAGUGUCCAUCCCGGCGUUAAAGUGUUAAGUAAAAGUAACAUUCAUAUUAACUCUCAAGUUGAAAAUAAAAAUAAACUGAAUACAUAGUUUAAUGAAUAAAUUACAAUUAACACUUUACAGUCUAUGAAUCUACACUCUGAUAUAAAAUAUUAAUUUAAGAUAUUUCUUAAUACAUAAUCACAAUGAAUAUACUAUCGGUGAUUUUUGUUAACUUGUUAAAUUUUUGUUAAAUUGUUCGUUGUUUAUUCUGACCAUUACUUUCGAUCAUUGCUUUUUACUAUUUGGUGGAAGGGAGAGCAAUCCUGAUAAUUAGCUUUUCCUAGAAAAAGUCAUGCGAUAUCAACGCUUGCUUUCAUUUCAUGCAAAUCGUUAUUCGUUUAUUUAAUUAAAAUUAUAAUUAGUAGGUGGGGUAUUGGCACUCGAAGUAUCAGCCAUUCCUGCGAAGUGCGAUCUUAUUCAAUUUUUGAUAGAAUUCUUAUCGAGUUUUUAUUGAAUGUUUUUUAAGUCGCCAAUGUUUACCGUUGGCUGAUGUCCAUGUCGCUAAUUGUUAUCAAAAUAUUACGGGUCUUCUCAGAAAAUAAUUAUGAUAAAACAUCCACGAUCGCCUUCGUCUCGUGACGUCAUCUCCCCUCAUCAUCGAAAGUUCUCCCGCUCACCUUGGGUUAGAACCAGGUCUGUAAUAUUGCUUCUCUCAUUUGAAGUUUUCGCGCUAAUCUGUUCGGUUGUGUCGAUAAGCACGUAUAAAUGGUUUCAAGUCCAACUGCGUGUUUACGUUCUCGCGGGAAACGAAUGCGGAAGAUAGUUACAUUAAUAACAAUGUAGCAUGGAACAUACUGUAAAUCGAUCGAUUGAGCGAUUACUACUAUUUACUUAAUUAUUUACAAAGACAACACGAUAAUUCGUUUAAGCAUACAAAUGAAGAAGUGCCGCAGACGAUCCAUCGUUUAACUCCGAAAAAGAUAAAAUAAUUGGUGUGUGAAUUAGGGAAAGAACUAGGUUUUAAAAUGUAACUGCAAGGUAUCUGAAGUAAUAAUCGGAAAGUAGCAGUUUGAAACAUAACAUGGAGUGAUGUCCAGAAAAAGAAGAAUAAUAGAGAGAGAGUGUUUGUAUUGAAUAAACGAUUAGUUACAGUUUUACGCUACUAUGUCUACAACAAGGUUCGUUUUGCUCAGUCUGGUAUUAUACUGGACAAGAGCAUCGUCACACUUGACGAAAUGUUGCCCAUCAGGAGAGAUAUUCUUAGAAAAUUCCACCUUAAAGUGCGUUUCAGUACCAAGAAUCGCGAUACAGCUUUAUGCUCCUGAAUGGAACAUCACUACAAAUUUUCCAAGAAUCCCUCAAUGCGACGGAUCCGAGAAUCUUAUGACAACGCUACUCGAAGAUCUCGAUUUCAACAAUUCCUUAGAGAUACCAGGUUGCGUCGAAAUACUUCACAAGCAAAUAACGAAAGAGAGUAUCGUAAUAGUCGUUUAUUGUCGAUCAAAUAAAGAUCGACAAAAGACGGUAAUUAACGCAUCCUUUCCACAACUCCUACACAUCAGAAAAUGUUGUCCUCACGAUACAGUAUUCGACAGUCACACAAAGGCUUGUGUGACCCGAUUGAGGAAAUCGGAAAGUUUUGGAAUAUUUUUGCUAAAAAGAUCGGUUGAUGCGGAAGUUGUAGUGAAAGCUACCGAAGGUCCACCCACGUGCAAAGGACCAAUCGUCGAUUACAAAAUUGAAGAAAACGAUAUCUUUCUACGGAAUAAUACAUAUUCGGUGAUGAUUCCAGUGUUCAAUAAUAGUAUUAUCAUCAAAAAGGAACCGGUAAUCAAGAAUAACAUUUGUCUCGAGAUGACGCCAAAUUUUACAUCUGAUCGAAUAUUAAUAGCCCGUGUCUGCAAAGAACCAGAAUUUUGCGAUAUAAAUCCUUGCAUCAGAAAAUGCUGUCCCGACAAUAAAUUUCUUUACACCAAUGGAUGCGAUAAACUCGUUAUAUCGGACAAACCUACGGAAUUUUACAAAACUUUUGUCAUGAAUCAAACAAAUUUGUUCACUUUUGACAUAACUGAAGAAUAUGGUGUUCUGAUCGAGUAUCCAUUUGAUUGUAAAUAUCCAUCACUCAUCGAUCUAACAAAAAAAGGACAAGGUCAGUGGAUGCUGACAACAAAAGGACACGUUUUAGUUGAUAAUAUUGUAUAUGACAAGUACUGUAUGGAUAUCUUCCACAACAAAUCGGAAUUCGGUAGCUUUCAAUACAGCUUUUCUUUGUUAAAUUGUAUGGAACGAGAAACAGAGGUAUAUUCAAUGAGCACUGACAGGUUGUUUCCCGCAUGGAUAUUCAACUAUCUUUGUCUAUUGAUGACAUUAUUAAUGUAUGCAUGCUGGCCAAGUCUGCAGAAUUUUCACGGAAAAAUGUUCAUGUGCUAUCUAAUCAACCGCCUGCUGAUCUCUGUAGUCGCUUAUAUCAGCACUUGGUUCACGCCCGGUGACCCUGCUAAUAAACAAAUUUUGACAACGUGUAAAGCUUUAGGUUACAUAAAGUAUUUUUUUGUUCUAUCGACAUUUUUUUGGCUUAACAUCAUGUGCUUUGACAUAUGGUGGACUUUUGGAGCUGUACGUGAAAAUGCAAUUAUAAAACGCAAGCAUAUAAAAAGAAUUCUGUUAUAUUGUUUAUAUGCAUGGGGCAUGUCUUUUUUGCUUUCAAUUCUCGUUAUUGUUGCCAAUAAUACGGAUAUCUUGCCAGAUUAUCUACAGCCCAAUAUUUGUAGCAUAUUUUGUUGGUUUACAGAAGAACAAGAUUCGUACAGUGAAUUAAUUUUUUUCUUUAUACCGAUGGUGAUUCUUUUAAUAUCCAACGUGGUGUUCAUCACUCUCACAUCGAUGUCUUGUAACAAGAUGGAAGCUGAGUUUAAAAGAUUAAAUCCUUAUGGAUUCUGGAAGCACACGAUUUUGUUUCAAUAGGGAGAGAUUCGUCAUGAACAUCAAACUGUUAAUUUUUCUAGAAAUAUUUUGGAUCUUUGAUGCAGUGAGGAUCUAUUUACUUAAAUAUUUAGAUGAGAAGCACUGGACAGUGCAAAUAUUUGACUACAUUAAUGUUGUCUACACGUAUCUUGAAGGUAUUCUGAUAUUCAUUUUCUUUGUCUUGAAGAAACGCGUGUAUCAAGAGCUUCGCCAACGAUUGGGAUUAUAAGACAUCAAGUAGAAACCUUGAUGUGCAACGUGACUUUUCACAAUGCACAUAUGUUAAAAAAAAAAGUAUAAUAUCAUGACUAUGGCUCAAUUGAUUGCACUGAGGAAACAGUGCUAUUUUUUUUCAAUUGAACGUCAAAAUUAAGUCACAUAUUAGUUUCUUUUGUCGUUAAUAAGACGUUAGAAAAUAAUGUCUCAUGUAACAUAUUGAUGUAACAUAUCGACAUCAUUUUCUUAACUUAGGACGUCUAAUUGGUCAUUUUAUGGCCAAAAUUUAUUGUCAUUUUGUUACUUAGUUGUUAUAUAGACUAUAAAUGAAUUAAUCUUAAUAAAUGGACUUGUUGAGAUUUUAUUUAUUCGCCUGCUGCAUGUGAUUGUGAAAACAAAUUUUACAUUUCCGCAAGAAUUUUUUUUAAUAUUAAAAAAUUAAAAAACUAUUUUUUUAUAAAGAGUAAUUUUUUUUGCAUAUGUUUCACUUUAAUAAUUGUCUUGACUAUGUUAAAAUUACAAAUCUUUUUCGAAUACCAUUUAGUUAUUUCUCGAAAGGUUCAACAAAUACUCGGAAAUUUUUUCGAUUCCUAAUACGUCAUAAUUUACGCAUGAGAAUCGCAAAAACACGCUUCAUAACCCAUAGUGCAUAAACUUAAUGUUCAUGAAGUAUUGCACGCGAGGGUUACAUGAAACUUUGAUCAUUUAUUAAUUCAGUAAAUACUUUGCUACAUAGAAAAAAAAGUAAUUGAUCAAAUAAAAUGUCUUGUUACGGGCUACCAACAAAAGAUAUACUUAAUACAAUAUUAAUAUAAUAUUUGCUAUUAAUGCAAGUACAACGGUCUUGAUUGAAUUACGAUGUUGAUAUCGCAAUAGCACACGGAGAGAAUUUUCUCUUAAAAAUUACCCUGAAAAUCGUGGUAAU